AUGGACCAAAAUCAUGACGCAAACGAAACUAUAGAAAAGUACGAUUUAAAAAUUAAGUCAAAGCCAAAAUAUGGUGUUAUAUUACAGCUGCACCACACUGUCCGCGGUCGUCGUAUUAGAUUUUCUUCAGCUUCAUUCGAUGAUAUUCACGAAAAAUUAGCAUGUGCGGAUAAUGUAGGAAAUAUAUUUAUAUUAGAUUUUGCUGAUCUGAAGUUUUGGAAGUUAGCAAGUCAAGGACCGUGCACGGCACUACACUUUUAUCCCAAUAAGCUAGAUACUUUAAUAGUUGCCAACAAAAAUUACGAUAUCCAUUUUAUGGAUAUAGAAAGCGGUUCAAUAUCCUUCACAUUGUCUGGACACAGUGCUCCUGUAAAACAUAUUUCCUAUUCAAAUAGUAAAAUGAAUAAUCUUCUAACAGCAAGUGCUGCUGAAGCUAUUUUAUGGGAACUUACUAAUUAUACCAAAUAUUUUACAUUGAAUACUUAUUCUGGUGCCCAAAUUCAACAAAUUAUGUUUACACCAGCUGGUGAUUAUUUGGUAUCCUGUUUUCAAAAUGAUACUGUUCAAAUAUGGAGACAUGAAACUAUGAAAUCUUUAAAACAAAUUAUACCAAGUGAAUUAAAACAUAUGAAAAGUAUAGCGUUUACUAUGAACGGUAGAGCAAUGGCAAUGGCAGGGCUCUCUCCAACCUUAAUUUUGUUCAGCAUGGAUACAUGGAAAGCUCUUGUGUCUAUUGAUUUAACAAAGUACAAUAUAUCUGGAGUACAACUUGUUUCAUUCAUACCGCAAGUAUUUGAUGGUGGAUCUAAUAAAAUACUGGGUGUCUUAAGCAGUGAUUGCAUACUUUAUAUGAUCAAUGUAGAGACAUUGAAAGUUAUACAUAACAUUCGCUGUGAAUCAUCUGGAAUUAGAAAUUUUAUUGUUAGUCCCAGUGGAAAAUAUUUUCUAUGCAUUUUACAGUUAGGUGAAGUAAAUGUUUAUAACACAUCAUGUGUUUUGGACCUGGCUAAAGUUUCAAAAGAUAAAGUUAAUGUAACUACACCAGCUCAUAUAAAUCCUCCUUAUAAGAUUCAAUCUAAAAAUGAUCUACAUACAAAAUUAGAAGUUGAAAAAAGGAUGCGCACAUGCAUGGAUAGUGUGAGACUGAGAAGAAUACUAAUGCAAUAUGGGGAGUAUCCUGAAAAAUUUAGAUCAGUUAUUUGGAGAUCACUUCUAGUGACCCCUAGAAACAAAAUAGCCUAUUCAACCCUUGUUGACAAAGGAAUUCAUACAGCUUUUAAAGAUAUUGAGAAACAAUUUACAAUUCACAGUACAAUCACUCUGAAAAGUUUGAAAAGACUGCUGUCAUGUCUUGCUCAUUGGUGUCCAUUAUUUGGGGUCUUAAAAUUUCUUCCAGGCUUUGUUUUCCCAUUUGUUAAAGUAUUGCAUAAGGAUCCUCUAUUGUUAUUUGAGUGUGUUGCAACAGUUUUGAUGAACCAAUGUCAGUUGUGGUUUGAGUAUGCGCCCUUUCCACCUAUUAGCAUUUUGGCUAUAAUAGAGAAUAUUUUAGCAGAACAUGACCAACAACUGUUAGAUCAUUAUUGUGAACUCGGUAUAACAAGUCAAAUCUAUGCUUUAAAAAUCCUAGAGACUGCUUUUAGUGAAGUUCUCACAUGUUCUGAAUGGCUAAUACUGUGGGAUCACAUUGUGAGCAAUGAGCCAUCAUUUAUUUUGAUGGCUGUUGUGUCAUAUAACAUUAUUCAAAAGAACGCUAUAAGACGACUGACUACAUACAAGCAAUUAGAAAACUUUUUUCACAAACAAAAUCCUUUGGAUAAAAAAUCCUUUUUAAAAAAGACCUAUUAUUUAUUAAACGAAACACCCGAGGAUAUUCAUCCCAGACGAUUUUUGAAUUCUUUUAUAUCUCUUGAAAAAGGCAUAAGUUAUCAACAAUUUUCUGGCUAUCCUAAAGCGACUAUAUGUCUAAAGCUUGCUAGAAAAGAAAGAAAAAAGAAUAAAAGUGAACGAUAUACUUUAAAAGAUCUAACAACAAAAAGUCAAGAGCGGGAAAUAAGAUGUCGUUUUAAAAAUAAUGAAAGCGAUAUUGAUACUAACUCUGAAUUAAGUAAUGAUGAUAAUUUUGGUACCGAAGAAAAGCUUUAUAAAAGUACACGGCGCGAGGCGUUCCAGACCAAUGGAGAUAUCAUUAAAAGAAGCGUGAAGGACGACUUGAUAGAGAGCAUUAUGUGCCCAGCCACAGUUCAGCUAAAGAGAAGCAAAAAGGUUUUAAAAUCAAAUAAAAGAGAAGAUAUUUCAGAAAGAGCUGAAUCUAUAUCUAAAAAAAAUAAAAAAGCAAAUCAGAAUAAUCAACUCGAAAAAGCGGUUGAAAAGUUACUCUUUGAUGGCAGUAAUACAGAAACAUCUAGAACGUAA